AUGUCAUCAAUAACAAUAAAUAAUUUAUUACUAGAUUCAGUAGCAACUAGUAUAGCAUCAACAGUAACACCAUCAUUAACAAAUUUACAUAUAGCAACAUCAAUAGUUAAUAAUGAUAAUGAAGAUAGUAUAGAUUCAGAUUCUAUACAAACUUUAUCAACUACAUUAUCAUCAAUUAUAGAAUCUUCAAUAUCAUCAGCACCUUUAGCAGGAUCUGGAGGUAUACUUACAGCAAGUGAAGAAUCACAAUUAAGUGAUGCAAAGGGAACAUUUGCUCAAAGUUCUGAUGUUAAAACUUUAAGUUUAAGUGGAUCAGGUUCUAAUGUUAAUUCUAUAAAUUCAAAUAAUAAUGGUGUUUCAUUAAAAGGAAAUAAUUUGAUAUUUUUAAAUUUGAUUUUCACUUUCUUACUAUAUUUGGUUUCAUGGUGA